CAGGCAGUCAAACUUGACAAGUCCUCUCCUCCAGCAGUCUUGUCUGUGUCUUCUCCAGUGAGCUCACCUUAACAUACGUUUUCGUUUUGCUCUUUCUCUAUGUGGAUAUUAUCGGGUUCGGCGAUAGAAUUGACCCCAAGAGUAAUGGUGAAGCAUAAACUUGACACGAAGGCACAGUGAGUGUGGGUUUUCUCACAGUAUAUCACUCUGUUUUGUGUUGCGCGAAUAAAAGAGGCAGAAGUGUAGUUUCAGCUUGCAAGAGUGAAAAAAGGUAAAUAACGACUUCAGCAGCGGUGGAAUAUCAAAGCGGCAUCAAGUGUACAUAUCCGAGGCCACGAUGAUGUCUACACUGAAUAGUUCUGUGUACCAGCGACACCUCGACCAUGGGACACCUACGUUCAGGAAACGGCCGGUGGUGGGCGCUCCCUACGUACUGUGUGUGUUCAUCGUAGGCGUGAUUUUCAUGGGCGUAGGGACCUUCGUGACGUCACACGCCUACGAGGAGAACCCGAAAGACAAGGUCCUGAUAGUGGUCGGGCCGACUCUACUCGGGCUGGGAGGACUACUGCUGGUGGGCUCGGUCGUCCUGUGCGUCGUGGCCUGCUGCAGGAACCAGAACCUUCACGAGGCCAUAUCCGACGACCUCUUCAGCAUCGGCGGCUCCACCUUCUACGGGGGCAGGAACUUCGUGCAGCAGGACGAUGAGCUCCGCCUCCACGCUGCCCCCGCCCACCACCUGCACAACUCGAUGGUGGGCGGGGUCGUGAACCCAGCUGGACCGCCCAUUGAAGACCACCACAGCGAGGCCGUCAGAUACCUGGCCGAGACGGUCGUGGAGGAGAGGAACAGACGAAAAAAUUCCCGCAAGUACCUGCAGCAAAACUCCUGGGAUUCUCCUGGCAUCAGGGACCACGCCCCCCUGUACCACACGGCCUCGCACGGCCCCCUUCGCGAGGAAGCCGCCCAUCUGGAUCACCUGGGACUCGAGAGGCUUCGGCGCGCGGACCCUCACCUGGAACUCGCCGAGGCCUUCGAUCUGGAUGACGACAGCGAAGACUACGAGGUGGGAGUGCGGGAAAGGGCUUACAGCAUGUCAGUCCGUGCCCCCGUAGCAGCCUUAGCGCCCAUUCCACAAAGACUCCGAAGAAAUGUCACCUUUUCCCCGGCAUCGCGAGUUAGAAUACAACAGCAGUUACUGAUGCAACAGCAGCAGCAGCAAGCAAAUCAACACCUGCAAGUUCCACCUGAGCUUUCCGGUCCACGACGAAAGCGAAGCUCAAGACGGCGAAAGGCCAGGGCCAAAGAAUCUGACCCCUCAGCAGUGAAGAUUCAUCAACUCCCUCAGUACAACCCCGACAUCCUGAGCGCUUUGGGCAUCCAGCCUGGGCCAUCUCCCGUCAGGCGCGGUCUGAGCAACAGCAGCCACGGCUCCGGCUCCCUGAAGAAGAGAGGUCCAGACCCAGACGUGACCCACGGCAGCCUGGGUAAACCUCGCCGACGCCCUUCCAUGGGGGUCAGCAGCCUGGCUCAGACCAGCUCAGGCUCAGCCUACAGGCACCGCUCCUCCAUCUACGCCUCGGACAUGGACCUCCACCGAUCUCCGAGGGGCGUGGGUGUCCCUGUGAACGGGUCUGGGAUGAACAAGAGCGUGAAUAGCGUUGGCAGUUCGAUGUCGGACAUGGGGCGAGAACCCUGCUUGCCGGACGAGCACCGCCAAGAACCUGCCUAUGGACCGCCGUCGUCUAAUGGGUCAGUCAGCGACUUCCGGCGGAUAGACUCCUCGCCGCUGCUGAGCCUUCCCGACCCGGCCGAGGAGUCGGCGUCCCCCAGCCCCCUACACCGGUUCGGGGGAGACUACAGCACCCCCCCGCCGUCCUCGUCUCCGUCGCCCAUGAGGCACCGGCGCCCCCUCUCGCACAUCUCCUCCUGCUGCUCCGACUGCUGUGACUGCGGCGACGACUGCGGUGGCGGCGAGGACUGCAAGGCCCACGACAAAAGGAGCGACGAGGGGGCUUCCAACGAGGAGGCUGGCGACGCUGGCGGGGACCAAGGCAGCGAGAGGGAAGGCUCCUGCCAAAGCCAGCGCGGCGAUCAAUCUAAAAGUGACUCAGACUGAAUAAGAAAUUAUUUCCAUUUUCAAGGAGAAUAAGGGGAAAAGAAACUGAUAUAGUUUUAUGAAAACAAGUCAAUGUGUAAUUAGAUUUAUGAACAUUACGGGAUCGAAUAGCUUUCUUUGAUAUUAUUUAUUCACCUGCCAGUCAUACGUAAUUGCUUUGCUUACCCCUUAAGAAAAAAAAGCCAACAACUUCAAGUGCCAUUCUCAUUUACAUAUCCCUGCGACCUCAUACGUAUAAAUGCCUCAUCAAAACUAAACACAAUGGCGGAGGUCUGUGCACGUGCAUGCUGGCCCACUGCAAUUCCGCUUUGAAGUGAUGCCCAGAAAGGUAAUGAAUACAUGAACGUGGAUUAUUAGGACUGGAAGUGGACUUUGAACACCGAGCCAAGGACAGCGCCCCUCACACAGCCCCAGGAGAUAUGGGCGUAGACACUGACGUUCCUGUUAUCGUGGACACCUUUAGGCUGGAGCGAUGGCCGUGGAUACCGCUUGAGAAAUGUCUUAGAUGCUCCAGGGGCUGUUAUUGUAGUAGUUGUCGGUGUGUGAGUGUGUGUACCUCUGUAUUUAUGUGACUGUAUGUGCGUGUGCUUGUGUGCGUACCUCUGUAUGUAUGUGACUGUAUGUGCGAUUGCUUGUGUGUGUGUGUAUUUUUGUGUGUGUGUGUGUGUG